CAGGCAUCGGAUUUGGGGAAAAGUGAUCCUCCUUCACAGGAAAUACUUGGGCAGCAGGGUUGUUCUGGUAUCUCAUGGUAUGUUUCUAUCUCUACCAUAUGCAUUGACUUGUAUCAAGCUCAACACCAGGCCCAAUUGCUAAUCCUGCCGCCCAGCUCAUGGAGUUUCGUCAACUAGCUCGAUGCGCCUACCAAACGGCGACCAGGGCGUCGUCUACACUUCCGGUCAACGGGGUCCGGCGCUGCCAGGCGAAACCCAGCCCAUUGCUUUCCUUGAUACCGUCUUAUGCCCGACAAGUCUCCAAUAGCUCCAACAAUCAAGCCCCGCCACGCUCCCUGGACGGCCACAGCCACGGCCACAGCUCGCCUGCCAGCCCGACUGGCCGAAGUACUCGGGCCGCUACGCCCCCAAGACCGCCGACAGUCAAGUCGCCAUGGGCGAGCCGAGAAUCCACCCCGUCAGCUACCCCGGCACCCCCUCCUGACACCCUACUGAAGGACUCGGCCGAGCUGCCGGGCCUCAUCCGGUGGGACGUCAACGCCUUCCUGCAGCGGAACCACAUGAGGUCGGGCCCGCCGCCGGAGAUGAGGCUGCGGCCGUCGACGGGGCGGACGGUCUACAAGACGGGCAAUGUGGACGUGGCGCGGUGCUUCCAGCUGCUGAACCGCGUCGUCAAGGUCAACAGGGUCAAGCAGGAUGCCCAACGGCAAAGGUUCCACGAGAGGGGCGGCCUCAAGAGGAAGAGACUGCGGAGCGAGAGGUGGCGGAGAAGGUUCAAGCACGGGUUCUGCGCUGUCGUUAAUCGGGUGACCGAGCUGCGAAACCAGGGAUGGUAGGGUAGACCAUCUUUUGUACACCACGACCAUCAUCAACACUGCCACAAAAUACGGAAUUGUACAUUACGAGGCUAUAUAGACUGCAUUGUCUUUCCAGCUACUCUUGUCCCAAGGUGCCUGGCUUUCUAUCCAGCCUAGGCUUGUAAACUGUGAUAUGGUUGGGAGCGGUCUACAGAAUC